AGUGCAGUGUGGAGAGGUGGCGUGCCUCAGAUGCCAGUGGAGCAAUGCAAGCUUGCCAGGGAAAGCAUGCUUCCCGUCUGUCAGGGCUCCCUGAUAGGAGACCUGGUGACACAGUAGCCUUUCCACAGAGCUCCUCGGGACGUGUAGGAAGUGCUGCUGCAGGUUUUGUCUGGGGGAAAUCUGAGCCAUUUCUCUGUGGACAGCUGUGUUUCAAAGUCUGGGCAGGUUGCUGUUGAAUUUUGCGUGGGCUGCCAGGAUUUUGUGGAAGUAUAAUACUUUGUCAUUAUGAGAUGUCGUCUCUCGGUGCCUCCUUCGUGCAAAUUAAAUUUGAUGACUUGCAGUUUUUUGAAAAUUGCGGUGGAGGAAGUUUCGGGAGUGUUUAUCGAGCCAAAUGGAUAUCACAGGACAAGGAGGUGGCUGUAAAGAAGCUCCUCAAAAUAGAGAAAGAGGCAGAAAUACUCAGUAUCCUCAGUCACAGAAACAUCAUCCAGUUUUAUGGAGUAAUUCUUGAACCUCCCAACUAUGGCAUCGUCACAGAAUAUGCUUCUCUUGGAUCACUCUAUGAUUACAUUAACAGUAAUAGAAGUGAAGAGAUGGAUAUGGAUCAUAUUAUGACCUGGGCCACUGAUGUAGCCAAAGGAAUGCACUAUUUACAUAUGGAGGCUCCUGUCAAGGUGAUUCACAGAGACCUCAAGUCAAGAAAUGUUGUUAUAGCUGCUGAUGGAGUAUUGAAGAUCUGUGACUUCGGUGCCUCUCGGUUCCAUAACCAUACAACACACAUGUCCUUGGUUGGAACUUUCCCAUGGAUGGCUCCAGAAGUUAUCCAAAGUCUCCCUGUGUCAGAAACUUGUGACACGUAUUCCUAUGGUGUGGUUCUCUGGGAGAUGCUAACAAGGGAGGUCCCCUUUAAAGGUUUGGAAGGAUUACAAGUAGCUUGGCUUGUAGUGGAAAAAAACGAGAGAUUAACCAUUCCAAGCAGUUGCCCCAGAAGUUUUGCUGAACUGUUACAUCAGUGUUGGGAAGCUGAUGCCAAGAAACGGCCAUCAUUCAAGCAAAUCAUUUCAAUUCUGGAGUCCAUGUCAAAUGACACAAGCCUUCCUGACAAGUGUAACUCAUUCCUGCACAACAAGGCGGAGUGGAGGUGCGAAAUUGAGGCAACUCUUGAGAGGCUAAAGAAACUAGAGCGUGAUCUCAGCUUUAAGGAGCAGGAGCUUAAAGAACGAGAAAGACGUUUAAAGAUGUGGGAGCAAAAGCUGACCGAGCAGUCCAACACCCCGCUUCUCUUGCCUCUUGCUGCAAGAAUGUCUGAGGAGUCUUACUUUGAAUCUAAAACAGAGGAGUCAAACAGUGCAGAGAUGUCAUGUCAGAUCACAGCAACAAGUAACGGGGAGGGCCAUGGCAUGAACCCAAGUCUGCAGGCCAUGAUGCUGAUGGGCUUUGGGGAUAUCUUCUCAAUGAACAAAGCAGGAGCUGUGAUGCAUUCUGGGAUGCAGAUAAACAUGCAAGCCAAGCAGAAUUCUUCCAAAACCACAUCUAAGAGAAGGGGAAAGAAAGUCAACAUGGCUCUGGGGUUCAGUGAUUUUGACUUGUCAGAAGGUGACGAUGAUGAUGAUGAUGACGGUGAGGAGGAGGAUAAUGACAUUGAUAAUAGUGAAUGAAAGCAAAAAGCAAAGUAAUAAAAUCGAAAAUGUUUGGAAAAAAACAAAACUAACUUGUUAUCUCAAGUCUGUACAAAAACCAGUAAGGAGGCACAAAACCAAGCACUGCAUUUUUAGGCCAAUCACAUUUACAUGACUGUAAUUUCUUAUCAAUUCUCCUUUAUUUUUUGCUUACAGAAAAAUGGGAAAAUUAAGCCAAAAAGUAUAUUUAUGAAUCAGCAAAUGUGGUGCCUGAUUAUAGAAACUUGUGAUUCUAUAUACAAUAUAGGACUUUUAAAGCAGUGGCAUUCUGGCUUUUUCUUUUUAAAUGAAUACUUUUCAGCUUGUAUUUGACUUUAUUUCCUUUAUUCAAAUCAUUUCUAAAAACUUACAUUUUGAACAAGAACUCUUAACUCCUAAUUCUUCUUUAACACUUAAUAAUUCUGUGACAUACUCUUUUUCCUUAUAGCAAUACACUGUAGUAUCAGAAAUGGUUGGCCUGAGCAACAUAGUAAGACCUCGUGUCUACUGAUAAUUACAAAAUUAGCUGGCACAGUAGCAUGCAUCUGUAGUCCCAGAUACUUGGGAGGCCAAGGCAGGAGGAUCGCUCGAGACCUAGCAAUCAGUCAGGGCUGCAGUGAGCCAUGAUGGCAGCACCGCACUCCAGACUGGGCAAGAGAACAAGACCGUCUCAAAAAAAAAAAAAGAAAGAAAGAAUUGAUAGUAUAAAAUCCAACAACAAAAAUACCGAGAUGAAAGAAGGUUAUAAUGAAAUGUUCUUCACAAAUACCUAAGUGCAGAGAAUUUUAGUACUAAAUAGCACAGCUGCUCAAUGUAAAGCCUGAGCAGUGUUCUCAGUCGUAUAUUUGAAGAAAAAAUACUCUAAUUUGAAACCAACAGCAGAUGUUGCAAACUUUCAUACAACUGCUGGCCGUGGAAGCUUCUUAACAACACCACACUGUCUUUUAGGGCUGGGCUUGUGCUUUAUACGAAGAGAAAGAUGUGGUCUUAAGGGGAUGUUUCCAGGGGGGUGAGUUUAUUCCUCUCCUGGAUUUUCCAGUAAGUGGGGUAUGCAUGUUUGUUUGUUUUUUAGAAGGCAUAAUAAUCCUGGCUUCUAAAUAUAUGUAUAGCUAUUUUAAAGAGGAAAUUAAAUCUUAUAAAAGAAAUAGUUGAUAAAUUAUCCUCACUGAGGCAAAAGCAUAGGUCCUUUCCAUAUCAAGUUUAGCCUUCCAGAGUUGUUUUGUGUUUCAACCCUGCUUAAUGAUGUUGCUGUUUUAGGAGUAGAUGCAAGCAUUGCUCUGAAAACCUGGCUAGCCAGGAAUAUUCUCAGAAUGGUAUCACCUAUUUGUCAAAACUUGUUUCAAUUAUAAAACAAGAACAAAGACUUUUUUCAAUCUAAAUCAUUAUUUAACUACUAAGCCAAAAUAUUUUUGGUGGUUCUUUUUAUGAAGUUUAAGAAAGGAUGUCAUCACAGCUAUGAUCUAACAGUAUUUCUAACUAUAUUUGAUCAUUAAAACCUCUUGGAAUUUGAAAUGUGAUAGGCUCCUAAUGCCCAUUGAGAGCUGAAAAAUACCACAUAAUGAUCAGUAUGCUGUGCCAGUUUCAUUUGGGGAGAAAUAACUAAUACAGUGUUCUGGGUGUGAGGUGUAUAGCGGUCUAGGUGGCACAGUGAUGAAGAAAGAGAUCAGAGUCCAGCUGUCACUCAGAAUCCCAGGCCCCCUUACUCUUGGGCAAAUUGUUUAACCCCUGUAUGUCUGUUUGCUUAUCUUCAACGUGGGAAUACUAAUAGUAUCUACUUGAAAGGAUCAUUGUGCAGUUAAAACAAAUGAUAAAUGGAAAGCACUUAGCACAGCACCAGGCCCAUGGAAAGUGGCUAGUUAACGUUAGCGACUAUGAAUGGUGCCAGUGAAGACACUGAAAAGUUGGUGAUUUCAGUAACCUUCUGGAAAACUAAACUAUCAGUUUCAAAUAAUAUUUUCUCUGUAGUAUGAGAUGAAAUUAAAAGUGGAUAGCUUUCAGGAAAGAUAAAGAGAACAUUCUUAGAAUGUAAGCUAAACAGAUUUCUUCUGUUGCUCUUUGAAAACUAUGAGCCCUGGCCAGGUUAACCUGGUCUGAAAUGAGACUAAAUACAAAAAGGGUUGGUAAACCUUUCCCUAAAAGAUGGAUUCCCCACGUACCCAUGCUACUAGUUUCUCUGUCUAUUCACACAUAUAUACAAAUACAUGCACACAGCUUGUCUGUGCUCAGACAUAGAGAAGUACUACCUGACUCUAGUCGGUACGCCCAAGCAGAAAAGCUUGGAGUAGAGCAAAAGGGAAGGCUUGGGACUCCUGUCUUUCCAGCAUGCCCUGGGAUGCAAUAGUCAGCCGCCUGACAAGAGAGCCAAUAGCAUGGAGUUUACAAGGCAAAGAUACAGUCAUUCAUUCAACAUUCAUUGAGUUCCUUCUCUGUGCCAGACACUGUUCUGGAAGAUAGCUAGAUGAAAAUCUGCACUCACAUAGUUUACGCGCCAGUGAGCAAAGACUGAUGAUAAGCAAAGCAAAUGCAUCAUAUGUUCACAUUUGAUAAGUACAUGCCAAAAAAUAAGCAGGGAAGGAGGAUAAGCCCAUGGGUGAAUGUUGAGGUUUAUAAAGUGUGGUCGGGAAAGGCCCCACUGAUAAGGUAACAUUUGAGCAAAGCUGAAAAAGGCAAGGGGAUCUCUGGGCUAACUUCGGGAUUUGUGCACUUUAUGUAAGAAUGUAAACCUUGCUUCUAAGAACGAUCAGCAGUACAUUUAGAACAUAUGAACUGAAUGAAAUGGACAUUGUUUUCUUAAUUUAUAUAUAAAUCUAUAUGAUUACACACAAAGUUCUGAUGCAUUAAUAAAAGCAGUCAAAUAGGCCAAAGAGAAAAAUAAUAAGACUCUAUGCUGGACCUAACUUUAUCAUUAAUUAGGUAAUAUUUUCCUCAUUCCUUAACUGCUGCCAUUUUCCUCACCAGUAUUCCAGAGAUGCUCAUAGCUCAAUACUUUACCAUCAAGAAGAACCUGCAAGGAUUUAGAAUACAGCAGAAAGGGCCUCAGUGAAAAGCUUAAAAUUGUUCUCCACGUAGAACUACUGAUCAUUAACACAUGACAUUGGCUCUUUUACUUUGCAUUCCAAAUCAGUUCCUUCUUGUGGUUUGAAAAUGUUGGGCCGGGCGCGGUGGCUCAAGCCUGUAAUCCCAGCACUUUGGGAGGCCGAGGCAGGUGGAUCACAAGGUCAAGAGAUUGAGACCAUCCUGGUCAACAUGGUGAAACCUCGUCUCUACUAAAAACACAAAAAAUUAGCUGGGCUCGGUGGCGCGUGCCUGUAAUCCCAGCUACUCAGGAGGCUGAGGCAGGAGAAUUGCCUGAACCCAGGAGGCGGAGGUUGCGGUAAGCCGAGAUCGCGCCAUUGCACUCCAGCCUAGGUAACAAGAGCGAAACUCCAUCUAAAAAAAAAAAAAAGAAAAGAAAAGAAAAUGUUAACACAUCCCUGAAAUCUAAAUCAUAUAACCAGAAUUUUAUAGUGUUCUCACCCUAUCUAUAAAGAUAAGAUCAUUUGGAAGACUUUAGACUCUAUUAAUUUUAAAAGGAAUAUUUAUUAGCCAUAUGCAGAAUUUCUAAUGACGAUAUGAAUUGUAAAGCUUCUAAUUCACUUUUCAGAUCAAUUUUUGAAAUGGCAGUUAUCAGUGUUGGAUUUAGUUCCAAUUACUUGAUUUAUAAAAAUGUACAUUUAGGAAGAGAAGGGUUAAAAGAAACAGUGAGAAAUGUAAAAAUUCAAAAUGAGAAUUGCGUCUCUCAAUUGUGGUAAUAAUUAUCGGAGACAUGCAGCUGAAAAUGUCUCACCUUUCAUCUUUUUUUCUUAAUUCAUAAAGUUGAUCUUGUAGAAUUUGAUGAGACCCUCCUAGUGGUUCUCAACUGGGGUCGUGCUGUCGGCUAAUGGUGUUUGGAAGUGUUGGGGCUAGGGCACAUUUUUGGUUGUCAUAGCAACUAGGGUGGCAUUGGGUGCCCAGUGCCAGGAAUAGUAACAUUAUGAAUUCCAGGGACAGUUUGCUCAGUAAAGUCUUCCAUCCAAAAUAGGCUGGCUGCGGUGGCUCACACCUGUAAUCCCAGCACUUUGGGAGUCCAAGGUGGGCAGAUCACCUGAGGUCAGGGGUUCGAGAACAGCCUGGCCAACAUGGUGAAAUCCUGUUGCUACUAAAAAUACAAAAAUUAGCUAGGUGUGGUGGUGCAUGCCUGUAUUCCCAGCUACUCAGGAGGCUGAGGCAGGAGAAUUGCUUGAACUCAGGAGGUGGAGGUUGCAGGGAGCUGAGAUUACACCACUACACUCCAGGCUGGAUGACAGAGUGAGACUUUGUCUCAAAAAAAAAAAACCCAAAACAAAAUACAAACAGCAUUUUCCCCUCCCCAAUGACAAAUUUAUCAAAUCGAGAAACUUCAGAGUUUUGUGUCUAAUUAUUUUUCCCUUGAACAAAAUUACCCAAGUCAAAAAAAAAACGUAUUUUUGGAAUUACAGCAACAUACAAUCUGAAUUUUGUGAGUUUGUGGCUUUAUCUUAAAUCACCAUUUCCCUAAGGGGAAAUGGUUUCUUUCUUAGGAAUGCUGGUGGAAACUUGAUGAAACAGCCCAAUCCACCAGGGCAGGCCACUCACCCAUUACACUGAUUCCACAAUAAAUAAGAAUAAGUAAAAAAAAAAAAAAAAAAAAAAACUUGUUGAGGUAGCUACGAUUCUACAGGUUAAUUUAAAGCCCCCUUUGUCUACCCAUCAUUUUUUGAAAUCAAAAUUACAUUUUACUAUUUUACAUAACCAGUGAAAAGAAGUUGAAAGCAUGUAGCUCCCUGGUUUUGGUGCUCUGGAAAUGUUGAAGGCGGGUUUUUAGCAGUGAUUUUUAACAUGCAGUGAAUUUGUUAGACUUGUUAACACUAGCAAAGGUAGUCAAACUUGAUCCCCAUUAAAAAAUCAAGGAAUUGGGGGUGAGGAAGGGUUUAGAAGUGAUCCAGAAUGACUUCUUCUAGAAUUACUGUGUAUAUACCUUUUUCAGAGUUUUCAUUAGAAUGGUAAGAGUUUUAUAAAUAACGGUUUUAAAACUUACUCUGUGUUAAAUAUUAAUACUUUAAAAAUGUUUAUUUUACUAGACAUGUUGCAGCCUUUUGAAAGUAGCAGAGUUUCAUAUCACAUAUAUAAUAGAGCAUAAAUUUUCUAUAAUCAGGCACCUUUUACUGCUUUUGAGUAAGACUGUUUUCCUGUUUAAGUGUUAAGCAUUUCCGGACAGAAGAAUCUGCUCUCUUCUCUCGAUCGUAACAUAGCCCGACAGCUCUAGAUACAGCAUUUCUAUGAUGAAAAGUGAGUGUCUAUCAGGAAAUCUAGAAGACUGGCCAUGUUUUCUCAGACUCCACCUUUGUUUGCACUCUGUUGCCUUGUGAGGAGCUUUCAGGCAUGCGAUGAUUUACUUCAAAACGAGAGUUCCAAGCACCUACAUUAAUUAUUUUAUGUUGUGUGCAGAAUACUAUAUCUUUUAAUGUCAGAUACGAUACACUGCACAAUUGCUUUUGCACUUUUACAAUUUUUGUACUAAUAGGAAAUAUUUAUAUUCUUUGAGUGUGAGCUUUGAAUAGAUGCAUCAUCACUUUAUUUUUUUGGCAAAAACUUUUUCUCAGUUAUUCUAUUGCAGUAUUAUUCUGAGCAAGUCCUAUGCCAAAUAUCUUGUAUAAUGUUUGUAUGGAAGAUUAAAUUUUACUCUUGUGUGGUAAGACUAUUCAGUUACUGAUUUUAUAGUUGGAAUUUGAUAUUCCAGCACAAAGUCCACAGUGUAUUCAGAAAUUCAAGUUGGUGUCAUACAUUUCAUUUUGAUGUGAACUUUUCUUUGCUUUCCUUUGUUCUAAGACUCCAUUUUGCAAUAAACGUUUUGACAGUAAA